UUCUACCACAUGGGUUCCUGUAUGGCUUUUCUACUCAGCACUCAAAGGAGUACAAUGCCGAUAAUCUAUGCAUUAGGCUUAUUAAAAGUGGAAAUCCUACUCCAGACCAUUCCUGCAGUCGUGCAGACUCUGCUGACUUGCCCUUCCCUGUGGUCAUCCUAACCCUUCACAGGCUCAGGCUCAGCCUGUCCGAACUCUGCAUGGGUGUUCUGUGUGGCUGUGUGAGGCAGAAGAGAGAUUUCCCCCCGCCAGAGCAUGAGACACUGUAUUACAUGAGAGUGGGAGCACAGAUCAUUGCUUUCCCAGCAAGUCUAUGCUUGCCUACAUCCAUCUCCCAAUAGGUUUUUCUGCUGCCCACAAGAAAAAAUAAUGGUGUUAGACACCACCAGGCUGCCACUUAAUAAAAGACACAUAGUUUGCAAGUGUUUUGGCUUCAGUUUUACCUGGGGUCGUAUUUCCUUUAGAAGUUGAGGCAGUCUUGUCUUUUAGAGGGAUGACAAUUUAUUUAAGGAUUGUCAUAGGACUCAAUAACUCACCAGUAGGCAGCAUAAUGACAGUACAAGUAAGGAACUGUUUUCAGGUUCAGGCAACAGAUGACCAUUACAACUCAGAAAUGAGAUCUGGAGUUUGGCAGUUCUACAAGAAUACCAGCUCAGUGAUGGACAAAAAAGCAAAAUAAACGUUAGGAGUUAUUAGGAAAGCAAUGGAGAAAAAAAUCAUAAUCACCAAAAUAAUUCUUAAAACACCAUGAUUCAUCUGCAUCUUAAAUAUUGAGAGUCACUCUAGUCAUCCUACCUCAGGAAGAGCACAGUAGAACUGGAAAAAGUUCUGAGAAGGGCAGCAUGAACUAUCAAAAGCAUGGAGCAGCUACCAUAGAGCAAGUAAUUGUGGACCAGCUUUGGUGAGUAAGAUGGGAUUCUUCAGUCUGAAGAAAGGUGGCUGAAAGGGGAAAGUGAUGGGGUUUGAUGAAAUAACAGGCAGCAUUAACUGCUGGAACCAGUGGAGUCAUUUCACAUUCCUGCGUGGAGGUAGUGAGCAUCAAGUGAUACUAGCAGGCAACAUGUUAAGAACAAAUAAAAGUGUUAUUUCAUAUAACACAUAGUUAAGCUGUGCAAGUCCUAGUCAGAGGAUACUUUGGAAGCUAGAACUUUACAUAGGUUCAAAAAAAGACCGGAUAAAUUCACACUGAUGAGAUACCCUCUCAGCCUUCUCUUCUCCAGGCUGAACAGACCCAGCUCUCUCUGUCUCUCCUCCUAAGACAGGUGCUCCAGACCCCUCAUCAUCUUUGUAGCCCACUGCUGGACUCCCUCCAGUAAUUCCUUGUCCUUCCUAAACUGGGGAGCCCAGAACUGGAUGCAGUACUCCAGAUGGGGCCUCACCAGGACAGAGUAGAGGGAGAGGAUAAACUCUCAUCCACCUCAGGAAGUCUAUAGGGAAGGCAGGUAAAAGUGCCAGUAUGUCACUGACUGACUGAGCUGGCUGCAGAUACCUACCUUCCCUGGACAGGUAUCCAUUUCUGGCCUCUGCUGAGGAGUUAAAUAUCAGGCUAGACAGACAUUUGGUCUUAGCGAGUAUGGUCCUUUCUCUACAGUUAUCCCAGGCUUCAGAUACUUAGAAUCAGUGUCAUUUUAAGGGUUAAAUAUAAUCUUAAUGGUGAGAUUAUUCAAAAGUUAUGUGAAACUGGCCUAAUGCCUUUUUUCAUCUUGAAAUCUGUUGUUUUAAUGGGAACUGAAUCAGAGCAAGAUUUAACAGUUUGUAUUGUUUUCAGCAAUAUUGUUUUCCUCUGCCUUCAGAUGUUAGAAACAACAUUCGUUCCAAGUAGGAAAAAAGGCAAGAUCAAUGCUUUUGCAUAAUAAAGGUGUUUACUGUAAGAAAAAGUUCAGUGGCCCAGGUGACAGCUCUCAAAAGCCAGUUCUGGACUGGGGAAGGAAUGCUCUUAGAAAGCAAGGAUUAUCAUAAGUUUCGCCUUCUUUUUGCUGAAGGUGAAAAUGUGCCUCCAUCCAGCUUGCCCUAAGACAUCUUGGAAGUGUGUGUGCAUGUCUGGGUACUGAAUGAUUUUUCAAAAUGAGAUGGACUGCCGUAAUGCUCCUUUCCCUGAAGAGGGGUGAGAGCACAACCGUCACUUGGCUGUUCGUGUUCUUUGGAGGGUUCCCAGGCACACCUGGCUCUCACAGUACUGCGCAUAGGGAGAAAUCUUUGUGAAAGAAUAUUUACAUUGUUUUGCUGAAUUCCACAGUUUUCCAUUUGAACAUGAAAUCUCUUUGCAAUUCUCCAGGGUUGCUUUGUAGCAUUUUUAUUUCAGUGAUGUAAGAGCUGCCUUUUACUGCCAAGGCCAUAAUUAAAGCAGUGUUGACUGGUAAGUAAUGGGCUGCAAAAGGUGUACCAAAAGAUAAUUAAAGAUGCACUCCAGAUAAGCAGGGCAUAAGCAUCCUUUUUAUGAGGUGUUAAUGUCUGAAGACCAACUAGUGAAAUUGAUCUUGCCUCCUUCAGGAUGAAAGUUUUGCUUAAACAUCAAUAGCAUUGUACUGCCCUAGAAAAUGUUUGAUGUAGGGAUUUCUAGAGGUAUGUGCUUGUCCUAACACUCCCCAGGCAGGCGCCUGGUGGCAGAGCCCUUGCUGCACUGAGUAAUUUGGCAUCCCAUUCAUGUCAGCAUGAUUGUGGGCCCACCUUUGCAUCACCUAACACUGAGGCUGCUCUGGAAGGAGAGAGGAAAGGAGGUCCUGGUGCCCUGGUCUGGGCUAGGAUAGAUGCAAACCUUUAUUCAGAGCCAUUUUAAAGAACACCAUGGCUAGUUCUUGUCUAACAACUCUCCUAAAUGUUAUUUACAUGUACAUACUUCUCCCUGUCCCCAUAUUUCCAGCAUAUUUCACAGGUGAUUUAAAUUCCUCUAUAGGAAUUUAUACCACGAGUCUGGCAUAAAGGGGCAUUGGCAGAACACAGAGUGGGUUUCCACAUUUGGACUCUGCUGAAAUCUAUAGCAAAGUUCCAUGGAUUUUGGUGAAAGCCUGAAGAUAAUCUGUAAACAGAAGAGAUGCUGGUUUUGUUAAGUGUACUUCUUUCCUCAUGCUCUUCCCAUUCUCCCCUUUCAGUUCAGUUAUCUGUUUUUGUAGUGCUUUGUGAAAUGAAUAAAAAAUAUUGCAGGAUGGAAAAUACUAUUUCCCCUGAUACAGUUCAGAGAAGAGAUAGGGGAGCUCACAAAUAGUUGUUUUGAUUAUGACUGACUCGCAACAGCAUGAUAAUACCAAGGGAACAUGGUCAGCAAGGGCUGGUCAGUGUUGUUGCCUGGAUUAGGGUAUGGUCAGACUGUAGCUGUAGCAGAAAUUAGCUCUUACAUUAGGCCAAGUCUAUAUGUCUCAGUAGAAGAGGGGGGAGAGGAGGGAGAAGCAAAGAUUGCCAUCUUCUUUCCUGGAAUCUCACUUAAAAACAAACUGGCAAUCUAAGUCUCUAUCAAUUAGCAUUGCAAAGAAAAUGUCUGAAAAUGAAGGGUGUAAAGAGGCUGCCUGGCAGAGUGCCUGAAACAAUAACUCCGGGAAGUGUGAACUGCUCUCUGCAUAGUCAGAGCAUGUUAUCAAAAGCCUGGUCUAUUUGACCUAGCUAGUAGUGAUGGACAGUCACUAUUAGCAGGUAGUGCAAGUCAGUGCAAGCCUCUGCUGACUCCUUCUUAUCUCUUCUCUGCUGGCUGUGGCUAUAAGGUGUAUUUUUGUGUGUGUUGGAGGAGAUUGCUUCCGUCUCCUUUUGAGAUCAAUAUUGCAGGCUGCCUGCUGUGUCAGUUUUGUGUUGUAGUUAUUCCUAGGAGGUGAUGUUUUCUGUCAUGAAAAUUGGAAGUCCAGAAAUAAAAAUGAUGGUGUUUGUUCUAGCCUUCCCUGUGGCCAGACAGAAUAAGUAAGCUCUCUUUGUACUCUUCAAACAUCCUUAGUAUCCUCAGUGCAGUUUAUUGUGCAUCUCACAGACAGUUGUACUCGAAUUGCAGAGAUGGAAAGGUCACAUACAAUUCCAUACUUUCUGGUACCAGUUUAAAUCAGGGCUCUCCACCUCUUUUACCCUCUGCUCCUGUGCAUCUCCAUCUCAUGCUGGUGCUUGAACUGAGCUCACCAAAAACUAACCCGGCCGAAAGAAAAGUGAUCAGUUUAUGGAAGGAGUAGCUCUGUGAGUUGGUUUACUGGAGGUGGCAUGCACAGUACUGUGUGCAAAGCCAUACUGGGAUUUAAGGGCAAGUGGAAUUGUACCCUGCAUGCUUAGAACAAGAAGGAAUAGCUGAAGCUGGUUUUGCUGUAGAGAAGACUCAAUAAAACUGUGCCACCAAGAUUUCUAUUUCUACUUAUCGUGUCUGAGCCUUCAUCCACUCCUCCCUACAUAUGUAUAUGAAUAUUAAAUGUGAACUAAAACCAAAGGACAAGCAGUACACCUUGACUGUGCCUAGAACUGAUGAACCACUUGCCACCUGUCUGCUUUUUUCCCUUCUCCCACAUGCAAAUUCUUGCUUACAUACAAAUUUUAUUGUUUACCUGGACAGGAAAAACUCCGAAAAACAAAAGAAAUCUCGUGGGAUGUAUGUGUGCUAUAACAGUCCAGGCUUAUGGGAAUGCUACAGUAGAGGAAAGGGGAGGAGUACUGAGAAAUUGCUUCAAGCUGUUGUUCCCAGAUGUUUUUGUCUGCAUGCUGCUGUCAUCCCUCUGAAAUUCUCACUGCUUUCAUAUACAUGUCUGCUUGAAAACAUUACUUAAGUAAAGUGGUUUUUGAGAGCAUUUACCUUGCCUUAUGGACAGAGCUGCUAAAGGAAUCCAGCCUCUAGAGUACUAGAGUCACAGGGGCUGGCUGUCGCCCCUGUCUGGGAGGGUAUUCAUUUUUGUUGUGGUGGUGUAUGUAAUGUUAAAACCCUUGCCCAGCUCAACCAAAAGUGGCUAUGUGGAUGGUGGACAUAAUGGUCUCUGCAGAUUGCAAUUAUAUGUAACAGCUCACAGAUUUUGUCCCUGUACCCUUUAGCUUCAGAAGAAGCUGGAGCAGGUCCCAAAUCUGAAAAAUGAACGGGGACAUGUUGAGAUGAAAAUCACAUGAAGUAAUGAGGCCAUUGUUCUUGAACACCUUCAGUGAUAGCCAUUGAUGGCCUCAUUUGACAAAUUAUUACAUUGACUAAUCGAUUUGCUGCAGUUCUAAUCCUGUUCUAACAUCUAAUCCUUUUCAGCAUUGCAACUGUUGCUCCCUGUAGGUGCUUAUGUCACUCUUGGCUCUCUUAAAUAAUAUUUCUCUUUUGGAUUAAUAUGUCGGUCAUGAUUUCACCUUGGGCUGAAAGCACAGACCUUGUUUGUUCUGUACACGACUUGGAUGAGUAGAGCUGUCUGGAGGAAAAAAAAAAAAAGCAGUCCUAGGAGAGAAAAAGGUUGUGCUGAGAUCUUUAGGACUCGCUUGGGAGGGAGACUGUUCCUUCUCUCCCUGGUGACCGCACACUGUGCUGGAGGAAGCUUUGUCCUUGCUGUGUACAGUGGGUUUUGAUGCAAUGUCUAGUAAGCCAGCAGUGUUUCAUUUACUGCAGUGAAGUUGACGAGAAACAUGUCAUGGACGGGAACAGGAGUGGGGCAACUCAACAGGGAGGAUGAGGGCUCAUCACCUGGGUGUGAUCAGAGCUGGGGUGGCUUCCCUUUGUGAGAUGGGUGCUGUGGAGGCCUCCCUGCAUCCAGGGGAGCCCAGUGAUUCCAGCAGAGCCCAGGCCUGUGCUGCAGAGAGAUGGGGAGCCUUCUUGGAGAGCCGGCCCGAAGGUGAAAGAUAAAUUAAUUAAAUUAUACACUCUCCAUUUGAAUUAAAGAAAGGUGGACGCGUUUGUGGCGGCAGUGGGGGCUUCGCUGGGAGACGCUUUGGCUCCUUCGAUGGGGCGAGACCUCAUUAUGUGUAUUUUGGUGAUGGGAUGACAAUGGGCGUGUGGGAGACGGCUCUGAGUCACCCUCGGAGUCCCGGCGGCCCCGGCCCUAUUGGCGGGUGGGGGUCGCUAGCGGCCGGGGCGGAGGGCUCAUAAGGCGGGGAGCAGGCUAUGAGCCCCACCGCCCGCAGAGCUCGGCCGCAUGGAGCUCGCCAGCCUGCCCCCCAGCCCCACCGGUGAGCGUGCCCUGGCUGCGGCCGGGGCCGGGCGGGUUGGCGGUGAUGGUGGCGGGGCCGGGGGAACGCGGCUGGGCGCUGACCGCCGCUCCCCGCUGCCCGCGGGCGAGGCCCCGGCGCGAACCCUCGUCCCCAGCGCGGGGCGGGAGGGCGGCCGGAGGAAGCGAACCACGUUCAGUAAGGCCCAGCUGGAGCUGCUGGUCCGCGCCUUCGAGAAGGAGCCGUACCCCGGCAUCGCCCUGCGGGAGCAGCUCUCCGGCCUCACCGACAUCCCCGAGUCCAGGAUCCAGGUGUGGUUUCAGAACAGGAGAGCCCGGCAGCUGAACCACAAGAAGAGCGAAGCCGCUGCCUACCCCAGGCCAGCCUACGGCAAGGAGAAGCCGGCCCGCUGCGGCGGCGGCUGCCAGGAGCGGCCCCGGACGGCGCAGGGUCACGGGCUGGAGCGGAGCGCCCUCCACCCGCAGCCCGGCCUGCCGGGGGGAGACCCGACUUUUGCCGCUCAGCCGUCGCCCUGCUCGGGGCAGCCGUACUCGAGGCUCGAUGCUCACUUCAGGAGCCUGGAUAACACGUUUGGAGCCCUGGGUCAGACCCCAGCCCACUUCGGUUUGGACUGCGUGGGAAAAGGAGCCCCAGUCGGUGCGGGGAGCAUGGGGACCCUCCCCCAGCUCUCGCUCCCUGUGCAGCCGGCACAGGAAUAUCCAUACCCGAAGAAAUCUUUCUCUGAAAGCUACUACUCAGAUGCAGAUGUUUUCCAGUCUUGCACAGAAGAUUAUCAGUACCUGGCAGCUAAAGAGAACAUGUAUAGGAGGCCUGUCUUAAACUACGCAAACGCUAACCCUGGCCUGGGUGAGGAGAACUAUUUGUAUGUCAAGUCCAACACUUCUCCCUAUGGGAAGGGCUCCACUUGUAGUUAUGGUGAAGGGGAGUCUAAGCUUGAGCUUGAGCAGAUAAAUUACAGUCCACCUCUGGCUGCAGCUAGUCACGGUAGUCCUCCUUUGGUAUUUCCAAAACAUGAAGGAGGGUGUCAAGGGACUCUUGGCGCUCCAGCCCCAACAUACGGGCAGCAGCUGCUGGAGACAGUAAAUUACUAUGACCCUUAUUGGCUGGGCGUGAGAAAUGAAAUUUUGGGGACUGAGUUAGAUUCACUCUUUGAGCAAAACGGGGAGCAAGGUGGGCCAAAAAGUUCUCUCUUUGCUUUUGGUGGCCAGAGUUCAACCUGUCAUUUGCGUUACACGUGAAAGUGACAGUAGGUCUGCUUGCCUGAUUUUAAGUUCAUGUGGAGUUUUUUUUGCCAAAGUGGCUAGAGGUUUUGCAGGUCGUAAGUGUGGGGUGCUUGCUCUGAGUUUUGUGUGCUGUUUGGAAGUGGAAGGAAGAUAAGCAAAGUUAGCAAGGGCUGCAGGAGAAUAACCUGAAUGGUGCUACCUCGACCUCCAUCCUACACGAACUGGUACCAAGCUGCUUGCAGUGUUCCUGCACAUGUUUGGUUAUUGGCAGCACCGCAUUAAUUUGCACGUACAGACUGAUCUUCACAAACACAUCGGUACUGAAGAUUUACUCUUUCUGUGUUCAGACUGUACUGUAUUAAUUCUGCCAGGAGACUUGGGACUAUGGCAUUGGUUUUGUGGCCUUACUCACUGAGUUUUGUCCCUAGUCUGGUCAGAAUUCACUUACUUUAAGAAAUCUGUAGAAAACAGACUUAACUAUAGCUCUUAGUGGAGAAAGCAUUAACGUGAGAAGAAUGGGAAAAGCAGCCUUGGUGGUGGCAGGGGAUGGCUCACUGGGUGUGUUUGCGUUUUAGGUGUGCUCCUGAUAAAGAACACUGGUAUUUUUCUAGAUACUUAAGGUAUAGUGUUUUCAUUUAAAAAUGACUACGUGUAGCCUUUUAAAAGGCAAUAUUUUUGUGAUUUUUUUUUUUUUUUUAAUCUCCCAAAUUGUAGUUUUUUUAUUUGUCAAAUGAAGGUUUUCUACCUGGGUGGUAAUGAACUUAUAGAACUGCACUCACGGGGCGGGGGAGAAGAGUUCCAUCUUUGCAUUCACACAUUGGGCCUAUUUUUAGACUUUAAGAUCCAUGGCUGUCUGGAAGGCCACUGUAAUCAUGGAAGUGUUCUUCAUAUGUAUCUCUGGAGAGCUGCCAUGGUUGUGUAUUAAAACAACAUCAGGCCUAGGAUGCUGAAAACUAUACAUACAAAUCCUUUUUUGUGUUUAAAAUGUGGCUCUGGAAUAUUUUAACUGUCCCUAGAUUUUAAUAUGUAUGUUAUAAUUACUUUGUUUAUAGAACAAAAGAGACAUAAUAAAAAUAAAACAAACACAGACCAUUAUUUUAUUAAU